AUGGCCAACCCCGGUGUUGUCCUCGGCCUACUACCGACCGUGCUAUCCACACUCGGUUCCAACACCUUAGAUACCGCGAUACUAGCUCGGGUCACUGGACGACCGUUCCUCUCGCUAUGUCUAGCCCUAGGGCCCCCAGCAGAGGUGCCAGACUGGCCCUGUGAAUAUCCCAAUGUGAAAGCAUUACUUAACGCCCAGCACCGCAUUCAGAAAAGAACAAUCAUCCCGAAAUACGGCAGACCGAGGAGGAUACUCAUCUCAGCGCUACAGUAUAUCAUCGUCUUCGCUGCCGUCACAAAUAUAGCAACAGCCUGUUACGAGCUAGGCGUCAGGUGUAUCUGCAAGUAUGCAACGGAAGUCACUGCCCAACCACUCAUAUGGGCUUUCGUCGUCGGUCUCAUUCACAUCGGAGGAACAAUCGCCCUUACCCUCCGCUGUAGUGUAAUUCGAUCCUCGCAAGGUCACCCAGACCACGAUCUUACUCGACCGAAACGCUUCUCACACUGGUUCCAUAAGUAUCUACUCCGUGAAUUAACCCCGCCUCUAUACUCUACAUCAUCGCUAAAGGUUGAACCGAUCCAAGAAUCAUAUUUGUUCCCGCUCGUUUCAUGGUGUACCUCUACCGAAACGGUCGUUCAUAUUCUCCGUGGCACGAUGGUGCUACCUAGUCCGUCGUUCAUAUCAGUGGAAGAUGCUCUGGGUACGAGUGGGCGGUUCUUGGCAUCGUUGUUUGUUGUCAGGCUGUGUUGGCGUAUGAGCUUGCUGAGUUGUGGCACUGGGCGAGAUAUAUGGUGGCGAGAUAAAAGCGGACUUUCGCUACCAGUAAUGCGAGCGAGCUCUGCAGCUGCUUAA